AUGCUGCGCGGCCCCUCUCGGCCGAUGGAGGAGGUCACAGAGGACAAGGCGUUCCGCUGCUACACGGCGCCUGGCGAGACGUUCGCCACCGAGGCGGAGAUGAAGGCGCACUACCACACGGAGCUGCAUCGCUUCAACCUGAAGCGAAAGGAGCGAGAGGCGCGCGGAGUGCGCGAAGCGGCGGCCGCCGCGGCGUCGCAGCAGAGAGGCGGCAAGCUGAGCACGGCGGAGCGGCGCGAGGCGCGCGAGGCGCGGCGGGAGGCGAAGCUCGAGGCGCAGGCGCGGAACCCGCGCUCCAAGGCGGCGCAGCACGCCGCGACGAGCGGGCUCGGCGAGGAGGACUACCUUUCGCACAAGCUCAAGCAGGCGCCCGCGUUCGACCUCGGCUGCGACCUGUUCUCGCGGCACAAGUCGGAGUCGCUCGAGGCGAACCUGGCGCACAUGGCGCGCGAGCACGGCUUCUACCUGCCCUACCUCGACUACUGCACCGAUGUCGCCGGCCUCGUCCACUACCUGCAGCAAAAGGUGUACAUUGGCAACGUGGCGCUGGCGUCGGACCGGACCUUCCACUCAGUUGAGGCGGUGCAGGCUCACAUGCGGGCCAAGGGCGGCUGCCGCGUCUCGCUCGAGGGCAGCGAGGAGGAGUAUGGCGAGUACUACGACAUGCAAGGGCUCGCGGCGGGCUCGCCGCUGUGGGAGGUGGAGGAGGUGGAGGGGGAGGAGGGCGAGGGGGGCGAGGAGGGCGAGGGGGAGGAGGAGGGCGAGGAGGAGGAGGGCGAGGCGGAGGAGGAGGGCGAGGGGUUCGACUCGCUGUUCGAGCGGGCGGUCGCGCUGCGAGUGAUGACCGAGGCGCGUCCUCGGCCCCUGCGGAUGCACACACGCCUCGCCCUCGCCGCCGCCCGCGCGCCGUCGAUGCAGCGCUACACAAAGCAAAAGUUCCGCCCGUCGCACGGCUCCUCUGUCGGCUCGCUCGGCCCAACACGACCCGAGCUCGCCGCGCUGAUGCACCAGUAUGCGGACGCCGGAGUGCUGUCGACGCACCUGCGCCGCCAGCUGCGCGCGCCCAACCCGACCUCGGAGCGGGACCGCCGCGCCCUGCACACCGAGGCGCGCCUCUUUGUGAAGCAAGGCAUCACAAACAACACGACCGCAAACGGCAUGAAGCACUACAAGAACCAGAGCCUGAUGUACUAG